ACUAAAGCAACACACAGUGUCAGACUAUAUUGGAGGGAGAGACAACAACAGCCCAAAAGUGGAUUAGGAGACCCAUCAGCAGCGUCACAGAAAGCGCAUCUCUCAGCUGGAGCGCGCAUCAUCUCUCUCCGCUCGACACCUUUCCCACAGUCGAGUCUUUAACCACACACUCAUUGCGCUGUAAGUUGAGGGUGUAACGCUUAUAAACGUAAUUUAACCUCGAAAUAUCCAGACGAAAUGCUUUCAAGGCGGAUUGUUGUUGAUUUUGGAUGGAGGCAGCCGGACACCUCCCCAUAGUUGGUGAAACAGAGCGGCAGAAGAGUUCCCGCGUCUCGGAUUCAGGACUACAGUAUCUGCUGAAUUGACUCGACAUCUCUGUAUUAGAGGAAUUAUCAACACUCAAAAUUAGGCAAUUGUGGAUAACAUAGCCUACUACAUAACACUGCUUGUACCGUGAAAGCGAUGGGUUGCUGAGACCUGAACUACACCACCAGGUGCAUCUGAUUAAUUCUGUCGGUGACAGUCUGAGUGGAUAACAUCAAUUAAUGUUGCAGAAUGUGUUACCCUCUUUUUGGACUUAUUGCAUCUAUUAAAAUAUUUGUUUGGGACCACACCGGAUGAAAAACAGUGUUGCGAUAAAUUAUCCCAAUUGAAAUUCAGCAAGUCUCGGAGCUAUACUGUAGGAGAUCUUCAUGUAUGUGUUGUGAUUAAAUCAGACGAUAUCUGAUAGAUUGCUUGGCGUCUUAUUGACAGUGUGAAGUCACGCAGCGGCUGGAAUACAAGAAUAAAUGAACCUGAGUGGACAGACAGAGAUUUAACAAUAUCCAUCAUGUUUAAUCGGGGCUGUGGGCUGGAGUUCCUACUGGUACUCUGUGGGCUGGAGUUUUCCUGGUCCUGUCCACGUCACUGCAUUUGCUACAUGGCCCCAAGCACUGUCAGCUGCCAAGCCCACAACUUUCUGUCAGUCCCAGAAGGCAUUCCUCAGCACAGCGAACGCAUCUUCCUUCAAAACAACAAGAUACAUCGACUACUACGGGGCCACUUUAGCCCCACCACAGUCACUCUAUGGAUCUACUCCAACAACAUCACAUACAUUGAACCAUCCACCUUUCAGGGGUUCACCUUGCUGGAGGAGCUGGACCUGGGAGACAAUCGCUACCUGCGUUCACUCUCUGCAGAAACCUUUCAUGGGCUGGGCCGGCUCCAUGCCCUCCAUCUAUACCGUUGUGGCCUCAGCGCACUGCCCAAUAACAUCUUCCAGGGUCUCCGCAACCUCCAGUAUCUUUACCUGCAGGACAACCAUUUGGAAUAUCUUCAAGAUGAUCUCUUUGUGGAUUUACAUAAUCUAAGCCACCUGUUUCUCCAUGGGAACCGUCUGUGGAGCCUGCACCAGAACACAUUUCGAGGGCUGGGGGCUUUGGACCGACUGCUUUUGCACCACAACCAACUGCAGUGGGUCGACCGGCUGGCAUUCCACGACCUGCGGAGACUCACUACUCUCUACUUGUUCAACAACUCCCUGACGGAGCUAGCUGGAGAGUGCCUGUCCCAGCUGCCUGGUUUGGAGUAUCUACGCCUCAACGAUAACCCCUGGGAGUGCGAUUGUAAGGCUUUAUCACUGUGGGACUGGCUCAAGAAGUUUCGGGGUUCCACGUCAUCUGUUGGAUGUGUGGCGCCGACAGAUAUGGCAGGCAAGGAUCUAAAGCAACUGAAGAAAGAGGACUUCCCCAACUGUUCUGGAUCCGAGUCCCUACACCAGAGCAAGAUCAAGACUUGGGCAGGAACAGAUAAAGUCUCGCUGAAACAAGAGCCCCAUUCUGUCCAGCCUCCACAGAUACACCCCCACCAAAAUGAACAAUACCCCUCAGCACCCUCACCCCUGCCUCAGCCACCCCCUGCCAUAAACGGUGCAGAACCAGAAAGCACCCCAGGUAUAGAGCCUGCUCAGAGGCCUGGACGGUCUCGGAACUGCACGCGUCAACGCGUCAGGGGCAGCAAGGGAAAAGUACCCAACGAGGUCCACACGCUUAAGGAAAUGGCCGAUAAGGAGUACUCCUCCCCGGAUUUCACCGGAAAAUAUGAUGAAACAUCAUCGGAUGGUUCAAACACCCGCAGGAAGCACAAAUGUACCACCCAGACCUCUGUGCGUCCCCCCAGUGGGGUCCAACAGGCAACCAACAGGGGGAGCUCUCAUUAUCUGCCUCUGUUUAUCUCUAGAAUUCUGGGACUGUUUUUGCUUCUAAGCACUGAGAUGAUUCUGCGCUGAAGUGGAUGCUGGGCCUUCACGGCAUCAGAAAUACUGUACAGUCCUCAGAUCUGCUUAAGCUCCAGCAUUAUCAGGCCUCCUCAAGUGUGUGUGCGUGUGUAACGUUUGUGUGAGUGAUGAUGUGUUAUACAUUGUGAUAGGAGAUUUGCCAUUUAGACCUAAAUUAAGUUAACACGUGGGUUGAAGUACAUGAAGAAAAGCAAAGCAAACUGGACGCUUCCACUGCCACUUUUGUUUUUAUGUUGUUCACUACCUGCCUCCCCUUCGAAAUGAAAAGUAUUUGAGUGAAAGAAAGCACAAAUAACCAAAUAAAUGUGUAAAGGGAACGCAGAAGUAAUAGGGGACGCAUGCUAUAGCUGAACAGAUGAGUGUCAUUCAAUUUCAUUCAACAUUUCCAAGUAGAAAACAAAAAUAAACUAUCAGACAAGGAGCACAGUUUUUGUUUGAUAUAUCAUAUUGCCAAAUAUUUCGCAAGACCAUCAUUAGGAUUAAAGACCUGCUUUCAAUAUGCUGGAGUGGGAAUAUUACCUAACUACACUGAAUGACAUAAAAUCGAAACCAAGCAUCAUAAACAACAAAACAAAAUGUUGUAAUCAGUGCUCUCAAAACUGAAGAGCCAAUACAUCAAAUUAUUCUUACCUCAGCCAAAAAGUUUAGACCUAGAUACCACCCUUUAUUCUCUUUCUUUUUCAUCCACUUAUGUCCUUGUUAUGCCCAAAAAAAGAGUGGUUUCGGGUGAAUCUCUUAUUUUGGAUUGUAUUGUUUUAUAACAGCACAAAAAGCCAAUGGUUAUACUAGCUGCUAUAUUGUUUGAAGAAGCAAAUGAGACCCAUCUGACCUCAUCUGCUUCAAAAAACACAGUGUAUGCCUGCGUGCGUGCCUGCGUGUGUGCGUCCAGUAUAAAAAGCUAUGAAAAAAUUAGAGUCGUGUUUGUUUCUUGUCCUCUGUGUUGUUUGUUUUGUUGGGCUGUGACUCAGAGGACUUAGAAAUGGACUUCUGAUGGGGGCACGGACUCUUGUGGGGAACACAGGUCUAAUUGAAAUGAACUUUAUUUUGACAAAGCGCCUUCAGUCUAAGCCCACCAUCGAAAACAUAGACGCCUCUCUUUCUUCGAGCGGUAAAUAAUCAAGCAAGAUGAAAGCGAGAAAAAAACAAACAACUAGAUAAAGGUAUCUUGUGAUGAUAUAUAUACAUUUCAAAUUUAACAUGGCCAAAAAAGACUUUUUGGAGCCAUAGGCCGGCUGGAUUGCUUCUUCAGUGUCUGAAUAGUCCACAGGAGGGACGAUCACUUGGCAAACACAAUAUGGAUGCUGUGGAGUGCAGGAGAACUCCUCCUCCUGUACCAAUACACACUUUGUACAAAUAAGGAGAACCGUAUCGUCACAAUCCGCAAUGGAAAUAUUAAACAGUAAUAUGACACUGACAUCAUUAAUGACAUUUUUGAUUACAACAGGGUUUCCGAAUCUCUGAAGAGCCUCUCUUCAGAACUCAAGUAUAAUUUUUUAUUGUUAUUUUGAUUUUACCUUUUAUUUUGAACUUUUGUUUAUAUAUUUAUUUGGGAUGUCCCUAGGGCACCAUUUUUUCUGACUAAACUGCACAAAACAAUUUCCUCUCCUCCUCUCUCUCUCUCUUCUGUGUCUCUCCAUCCUAGUGAUUCGAUGGUUUAACAAGUUGUUCUAAAAAAACAAGGAAAAACAUUUAUAAAGAUAUUAAAAUCUAUAUCUUCUUAUGUUAAA